AUGGAUAAAGAAUACGUUAUAUUAGGGUAUGUGAGCCACCCCUUGUCAUACGAGACAAUACUAACCUUUAGUGCUGGUGUAAUCGGCCUUUACACUUGCUACUCAUUGAUUGAAAAAGGAGUGGCUGCGAAAAAUAUUGAAAUUGUUGCACAGCAUCUACCUGGAGACACUUCGAAAUUAUACACAUCCCCCUGGGCAGGAGGAAACUUCUCGUGUAUUUCGCCUGACGAUGCUGGAACGUUAAAGUAUGACAAAUUCACAUACACGAAUUUGGGCAAAUUGUUCAAAAAAUUGGGACCCAAUUGUGGCCUUGCAAAACUUCCAACCACGGAGAUGUGGGACUUUGAACCAUCACAAGCCAAGAUUGACUCAAUUUCCGGCUACCUUGAAAAUUUUACGAUCAUUCCUGAGAAAGACUUGAAGGGCAAAAAGUUUGGGGUGAAAUACACAACUUGGAACUUCAACUGUCCGAAAUUCAUCCAACAUUUUCAUCAGUAUUUGCUGCUGUUGGGUGUUACAUUUACCAGAAAGUCUUUAACUAGCUUGUCAGAAGCAACUUCGAGCUCCACCAUAGUCUUGUUCAACUGUAGUGGAAUCGGAGCCUAUUAUCUUACCAAAGACGAAAAGGUAUUUCCAGUGAGAGGUCAAGUAUUGGUGAUUGAUGCUCCUCAUAUCAAGGAAAACAGAAUGUUUUGGGGAACUGACUCUGCCACUUAUAUCAUCCCGAGACCAGAUUCAACCGAAGUAGUUCUUGGUGGAUUUGUACAAAGUGGUAACUGGUCGGGUGACACUCUCAAGACAGAAACCGAAGAUAUUGUACAAAGAACCACGGCAUUGUUUCCAGAAACCGCCAAUAUGAGAGUAUUGAGAGUAGCCACUGGUUUGAGACCAUACAGGGAAGGUGGUGUUAGAAUUGAAAAGCAAACCAUUGGAUCAGUUGUAAUUAUACACAAUUAUGGAGCUGGAGGGUACGGGUAUCAGGCAGGAUUGGGAAUGGCGGACCAUGCCACAGCACUUCAUUUGGACCAAGCCAAAUUGUAA